UGACAAACAUUUUGUAGACUGGACCUAGGUCUCAGAUCAAUCUCAAACCAACUAUUUCAGCUAUGUGCCGGUUUUUGUUUUCAAUUUGUACAUUUGGAUUUUUUUUAGAAUGUUUCAGUUACCAUGUUUCUGCCAAAUUUACUGAUGAUUUACUACAAUCAUCAAGCAACAGGGCUAAUGCAUCUUCAAGAUACACCAGAGGAGUUGAUGCCCCCCCUCCUAUUGACUGUAAACUCAAGAGCUGGUCACAGUGGUCAACCUGUAACACAUGUAGCGAGAGGACGUUUCGCUUCCAGUACUUGGAACGGCCAUCUCAGUUUGGUGGUCAGCAGUGUGUUCACAGUCAGUGGGACGAAAGACAAUGUCCACAAGAGGGCGAGUGCCAACUCCAAGAAGACCACUGUGGGGACAUGUUUGCAUGUGGGCCCGGUGGACGUUGUAUUGGACAGCAGCUCCGUUGCAAUGAUGAAAUAGACUGUGUAAAUCAGAAAGAUGAGACUGACUGUGAAGUGAUGAAUACAAGAGAAACCAAAUGUACUGGCAUGUUGAUCAUACCUGGAGCUGACAAAGCCACUCAAGGAUAUAAUGCUAUAACUGGUGCUUUUAUGAAUCAUGUUCUGGACCCAAGAUACUUUGGAGGUGUUUGUGAAUACAUCUAUAAUGGAGAGUGGCGGAAACUCACAUAUGAUCCUUUCUGUGAACACCUCAGUUAUGAUGAUGCUGAAAAGUAUUACCGGAAACCAUACAACUUCCUCUCAUAUCAAAUAAUGGCACAAGCAACUACUGAGGAAGCAUCAGAUUAUUAUGAGGAUGCUGUUAGCUUUCUCAGAGCAAGACAGACAGAAGAAUCCUCCAACUUUGGUACAUCGUUGAGAGUCUCAUUUGUGGAAGUUGGUCGGGAAGUUAGUGACGAAUACAAGUUUGUCAGCAAUAUAUCACAAUACAGCAAUAAGGAGGUGGGCUUUGUCAGGCUGUUGUCAACAGUACAAACGGCUCAGUUUAAGAUGAGAAGCAAAGACUUAACUCUGGAUGAGGACAUGCUCUGGGUUCUGGAUGAUCUGCCUGAUCAGUACAGUUUUGGUGCAUAUUCCCAUUUCUUCAAUGAAUAUGGUACACACUAUGUCACAGAGGGUACCAUGGGUGGAGUCCUAGAUUAUGUUGCUGUUGUGAACAAGAAUGCCAUGGAAAAAUAUGAAAAAAAUGGACAACAGAUGGGAAAGUGCCUUGGUAUGUCUUUGGGCCUGACACAAAAAGGUGUCAAAACUACAACUAAAGUAAAAUCAUGUGAAAAAGUUGGAACAAUGGAUGAGAUUCGUAAUCAGUCCAACAGUGCUAUUGAGGAUUUCUUUGGCUUUGUGAAGGGCGGACACACAGGCUCCAGCAGUGGAAGUUUGGCUAUCAGAGAUGCCAAAAGUUACAGCGAUUGGGGGAAGAGUCUCAAAUACAACCCUGCGCUAAUUGAGUUUGAGAUUUUACCAAUAUAUGAGUUGGUACGUUUAAGCACAGCAGCCAAGCAGCUACGCACAAAGUUGCCCCACCUGAAGAUGGCAUGGGAAGAGUAUAUGGAGAACUUCAACCCAUGUCACUGUGCCCCCUGCAUGAAUAAUGGAGUUCCCAUGCUCUCCAGGACAGCGUGCAGUUGUAUAUGUAAAAAUGGAUACAGAGGUAGUGCCUGUGAGGAGACUGAAAGAAAAGGGCCUACACACGGAGUCUGGAGCUGCUGGAGCUCCUGGUCCCCAUGUGUGUCUGGAACAAAGACACGAAAACGAGAAUGCAACAAACCCCCGCCAAAAGAUGGUGGUCUGCCUUGUCAAGGAAGCAGUAAUCAGAGGAUAAGUUGUUAAAAUUCUAAUAUUCUCAUGUGGACAGUGUCUUGUCAUCAACAUAAUACUACUUCUUUCAGUCUAAAAUACUGAUUCUGUCACUGAUGUUAAUUUUUUGUUGCAAAACAAGCACUGACUUAAUUUACUAUUUUGGAUUUACCUUUACUAGUUAAUGUUGUAAUUUAAUUAAAAUAUGUUACAUUUUUUUGUUGGAUGACUUGAUUUUAAGUGUUGGCUUGUGGCCCUUUCCCAGUCAUGUUCCCCUCACUCCUCUUCUAUUGUUUACUCUCUAUCUCUAUUCUGUUCUAUCAACAUAAAGGCAGAAAAUCCCAUAAACAUAACUUUUUAAACAAAUUAAAAAUGUUACAUUUUAAGGAAAAGUAUGCAUAAAAGUGUCUUGUGAUUCAUUGUAAUGAAGUUUUUGAGGAGUGUGUAUGAGAUUUGAACAUGAGAAAAAGAUUUACAAAGAAUAACAGCUGACAUUUCUGAAGCUUUAAUGUUACUCCAAGCUAGUAGAGAACAGAAUCUGAAUGGACUAUACUUUUGGUACAUAUAUGGCGUAUAUUUUAUUUUAUUUUUUAUGAUGAAGCUUUCAGUUCCAGUUCUUAUCUAUCUAGUUAUUAAGUCACCAAUUUUUGUUUUUUUUCAGUGUGCAUUUCAGUUUCUUUAAUUAUCAAAUUCAAACAUACAAAGAACACAAAUGACAUCAGUUAAAGGGGUGGUAAAAUGCCACAUUUACAAAAUGUAUAAGUCUCUGAUGUCCCCAGAGUGUGUAUGUGAAGUUUUAGCUCAAAAUACCCUACAGAUUAUAUUUUAUAGCAUGUUAAAUUUGUCACUUUUUGAGGGUGAGCAAAAACACUCCGUUUUGUGUGUGUCUCUUUAAAUGCAAAUGAGCUGCUGCUCUCAAAAAGGGGCGGAGUUUCAGGAGGCACUUAGCAGCGCCUCUGCAGAUGCAGACUCACUGAAAAUGUCAGAAACUGUUCAGCCUUUUUAUGUUCAAAACUGAGUCGGACAAUGAUGGAGAAACUCAAGAAGUAGUGACAACAUUUUGAAUGCAACAGCACGUUUCUGAACAGUUAGUUGAUGAAUUUAUGUAGCUGAUGUGGAGUUAACUAUCUUAAAGUCAUUGAUUAGCAUAUUCUGUCAUAAUAAUCUAUAAAUCGCUUGUGUGGGAACUGUUGUAAGACGCUUACAGAGCCAGAGAAUAUAUGCUGCAUGAAGAUAGAACAGGUAUAGUUUAGUUUAAUUACGGUUAUAACUUGUCAUUUUGUCAUCUUGCUUUUAUGACAUGCUAUUGCAUUGUGUUACAUACUGUAAUGCAGUAACAUGGCCUCACCCCCUUUGUUGCGUGUUCUCGAGGGCAGGGUUUAUGUAAAUUAUAGGGUUAGUGAUGUCACCAACCUGGGAAGAAGCUUAUUGUAGUCCCUAACAGCCGUUUGUUGUAGUCCUUAAACAGAGAAUUCUUUAAAAGAAAAUAUCUCCCUUUGCAUUGAACUUUCAGUGCUGUAACUUUGCAGAUACUGUUUAUGCUCAAGCAGCAACAUUACACACUAACUAAAGUUAAAAAAGUGAAAUCGCAAUGAACCACCCCUUUAAAUUUGUUAAACAUCAUGUCUGUGUUUAAUGUUUCAAAAAUUAUCAGGAAAGAUAAUACAUACAGUCAAGUGUGUCCAAACCUCUGACUUAUAGUGUUGGCUACAUAUUGUUCAGUUGUAAUAUAUUAUUCAUGUAAUUAUCUUCAAAUAAGAAGCAACAGACCAAAAUAUUAGCUAGUUUGAACCACAGUAAGAAAUAAUUCUGAUGGUAUUGACUGGGCACAGGACCAGCAAAAGUGCUUUACAAAAUGUACCGUAAAGUAUCACUUUUUGUGUGGGUGAAUAUUCAGUUUAAUUAAUUUAGUGUUGGUCCAAGCAUAGUGGUGUUUGUCUGAUAAGGCCAACAUUGUAUGACUUCAUGAAGAUAUCAUUGCCUGAUGCGAUACAAACAUUAAGUAAACUGGUAGAUUGUAAUGCUAACACAAUAUGUCUGUGUCAGGUUUCACCCCAAAAUCAAAAUACUUAUUGCUUUCAGAAAAUAAGGUUUUUGUACCAUUAUGGUUUUUGUAUUGACAUUUCUUGACACUUGACUAAAUUUUCCCCAAAGCAAAACAUCUGGAAAAAUUACAAUAAUGAGAAUAUGCUGAAUAAUGUCAUGCAAAAUAUAAUUUCUUAUUUAAUUUCUUUUAAUUUUGGAAUAUAAUAUGUUCAUGUUUUACACAUAUAGAGAAUGUCAGGGAAAGAUUUAUGCAUUCAACUUUAUUUUUUUAUUUUUUUAUUUUAUUUUUUUCGAGCAUUUAUUACAGCUUUGGUUAAAGAAAUUGAUUUAUUUACAUAUGCCCACCAUAUUUGGCAGAGUAAAUUAAUACAUUUACAACAAUGUGUUAAUGUAUAAUUUUAAGUCUUUUUGAUACUAUGGACACUUUUCACAGACUGUGAUGGCACAUUUCCACAGUUAUCAACAUUGCAAAUCUAUUUCAUUUUUUAAAAAUUGAAUACACAUGUAUAACGCUAUAUUGUGUUAUAUUACCUAGGCAAAAAAAAAAAAAAAAAAAAAGAA